AUGUAAAAAGAUAAAAUAAUGUCACAGUAACUGUUUUAAAGAAUUCACCAGCCUCAAGAAGGAUAUAAAAUGAAGAAGAAUCCAAUAAAGAUGAAAAUAAUUGCACUAAACAUUAAAAGAAAUACGAAGAAAGCUUUUUGCAUGAGUGAUAAGGUACUGCUAUGUAUAAAUUGUAUACUUGAAGAGAACCACAAAAGUCAUGAAUUGGAAUCUAUUUAAAAUGCGAGAAAUGGGGAAAUGAAGACUGUUGAAAAACAUUUAGCAAAAGCAGAACAUUUAAAAUAAAAAAUAGUGAAUAGUAUAAAUAGUAUCUAGGAAAGCACUUCUUAGCUUAGCAAAAUUACAGAUAAAAGUUUGCAUGAAAUAACUCACUUUUACAAUAAUAUUAGAAAAAUAGUUAAUGAGAGAGAAGAAAAGUAAAAGAAUAGAGUGAAAGAAUAAAUGGAGAAAGAAGAGGCUAAUUUGAAUAUACAAUAAAAAUCUUUUUAAAGUGUAUUACAGAAAAUAGAAGAGUAAUCUACUCAAUAUAAAGAUCUUUCUAACCUCUCUCCUAUACUCUUCUUAAAGUAAUCUAAUAAAAGGAAGUAAUCAAUGUAAGAAGCAACAAUAGAAGAGUCUGCUUUGAAUGUGAGUCACUCUAUUUCUACAAAAUUUACUUUUAACAAAGAAAGAGAAGUGCAAAGUCUUAUCAAGAUUAUUAAUUCUUAUCUUAAGCACGAGUAGAAUAAAGCUUCAUAAGCUUAGAAAAAUGAAAAUGGGGGCUAGUAAAAUGCAAAUUAGAAAGCACUCAAGCUAAAUACAAACAUUUUGACUCAAACUAGCUCAUAGCAGACAGCAGCAGCUGCUAUGGCUGGUGUUGCUUCAACUCAUAAUAAUAAUGGAAAUAGUGCAUCACAAAAUACUACCAAAUAAAAUAAGUUAGCAGUGAAAAAAGAUUAAAAGACAAGUAAAGGUAAUACAUAAAAUAAAGAUAGUAAUACUUAGCUUUCAAAUCUACCAAACAGAAAGCUAAAUUCUCAACAAACUGCAGAGAUAAGCUCUUAAUCUUCUAAAACUAAAAAAAGUUUUAACAUUUUGGAAGAGUUAAAGUCAGAGGAGGUAUUAGAUGAUAAGGCUUAGAAUACUCAAUCUCACCCUAAGCAAUCCAUUUUGAAUAAACCUUUAAAUAACUUCCAAGAAAUGCGUAAUUAAUUUAAAGAAAAAAUUACUAGUGAGAGAGAGUAAACCAAAUCUAGUAGUAGAGAUGAAUAAAACUAUUAAUCUCAUGGAAUUAAUUCUAAAAAAGAUUAAUCAAAACAGUAAACUGAGAAAAGUAAGAGAUCUCCAGUUUCUAUGAUUAGUUUGUUGAACACUCCUAAUCCUAACCCAGCUCCAACUGUUUCUAGUUCACUAAAUUAUCACCCAACAAAGGGAGCUGCAGGAGUGCAAGUUUCACUUUAGAGUAAUACAAGUCGCCCUAACAAUAAUCAAGCUUUUAAUACUACUGCAUCCUCUUCAUUGUCAAACUCAAAGAAUUUAUCAAGUACUUCUUCAGUGAACAAGAUUUAGAAUAAAAUUUCACCAAAAUAAGAUGUCAGUAAAAAGCAAGACUAAAAGUAGAUACUAGUUAAUUUGGAUUUUGCUUAAUAGAUGCAGAACAAUAAUCAGCACGAUUAAAUUGGAAAGAGAAUGAACACUUAGCAAAAUUAAAAUGAAAGUAUUGAAAUGAGCGAAAUAGCACUAAAUAUCUCUGAAAAAAAUGAAGACCAUUAAGAGCAUGUGGUUAAUAAUUCAUUUAAGGGUGAGAUUAACACAUUCCUAUAAGAAUCGUCCUAAUUAAAAUCAAAUAUUACUCCAAAUUUAACUUUAAUACCUCACCAGUAGUCUUCUAUGGAUACACCUAUCUCUGCUUUCAACUCUUCAUAAAGUUAUGGAGUUUCUAAAUUUAACAACUAUGUGAAUGAUUAAAAUGACAUUUACUCAAAUAAAUUUGACUUUUCCUCUCUCUAAAACUCUAAUUAAUUCAUUUAUGUUUUUGGAGGUUACACUGAAAAUUAAUAGUAUACUAUAGAUAGGUAUGAUUUAGCUCGAAACACUUGGGAACAAUUCGAUAUUAUGCCUAUAAAUCGUUCUAAAUUCUGCUCAGCUCUUUUGAUGAAUGGCAAUAUUUUGAUGAUUGGAGGAAAAUAAGAUAAUUAAAGAACAGCCUCUAUAGAUGAAUACAACCCAAGAUUUAAAACCUUCUUAAAAGCUAGUCUAUAACUUACUUCUCCUCGAAGCGGUUUUGGAGUUGUGUACAAGAAUGAUAUGAUAUACGUAGUAGGAGGAAAUGAUGGAUAUGGAAUUUUAGAUACUAUGGAAGUUUAUGACUUCGUACUAAAAUAGGUUAGACCAUAUCCUAAAAUGCUAGAAAAGAGAGAUGAAUUAGCUGUUACAUAGGGAUUAGAUGGAAAAAUCUACGCUAUAGGAGGUUUUGGCGGUGAAUAUAACACUUGUCUAAAUAGUGCUGAAAGAUAUAAUCCUAUUUAUUAAAGAUGGGAAAAAAUAGCUCCUUUAAACAUUCCAAGAAGAGCCUUGAGUGCAGUUACUCUUCCAGAUGGCAUUUACGCUAUAGGAGGAUUUGAUGGAAAUAAUUACAUUAACUCAGUUGAAAAAUACGAUGAAUAGUUAGAUAGAUGGACAUAUGUUAGUAGUAUGCGCUAUAGCAGAUGUACGAGUUCAGCUAUUGUGUCUUAAAAUAACUAGCAUAUCUAUGUGCUUGGUGGAUUUGAUAAUGGUCCAUUAGAUUCUGUUGAAAGAUUUAAUGUAAUAAAUGGAAUGUGGGAGAGCCUUCAGAAUAUGCCUAACAAAAGAUUUAUGCACUGUUGCUAAUUAAUUCAGAAAUGA